AUGCAGCAUCUGCAACCACCCAUCCCUCCCCAGGUCCUUCGUUUACCCAUUGCCAAGUUCUCCCAUACAACCACUGCCAUCGAUCAUGUCGGUCCACUGACCUGGAAUCAUGUCCCUGGGAAUGGAGACCUGACUUGCAUAUUUGAGAAGUUUCUUGAUUCCGGGUCUAUGCCAUCCAGGAUAGUUCAGAAAGUGGUUCGAGGUGAUGAUAUCCUGGAGCAGCUUGAUCUCGUAUUCUUCACUCGCAUGGUAGGAAUGCAGGCCCAGCUGAUUCCACCCCCAAGGUCACACUUUGCUGUCGUGGUAAAGUCGCCUUGUCUUGCAGUCAAGUAUCCUCAUAGUGAAAUACAUAUUCGUCGGUUUCAGAUCAAGUUUACUACAGAGCGCGACUACUUCAUGGCCUUGACUCUUCUGGGCGAAAUCAACUGUCCAUUGACAGAAGGCAAGAUACCACUUCCAGUAAUACAACGGUUUCCUUCAGUGUCAUCAUGGACAUCGGGGCAGCUGUCUUCCAUUGUCCCCAGGACUACAAAUACAGCGUCAACUUCAACUAGGGGCAAUGGAGUCCACUUUUACCCCACGGGAGCUUUAGGGUCUGGAAGGACAACACCCAUUCGAGCAUCAUCUCCUGCGAGCACUAUCUCACACCCAACAUCCAGAUUGGGCCCUGUACCAGCUUUCAACCCCUCAUGCCAAGGUAUGAAACCGGUGGAUUUGUCUCAACCACCGAAUGCAUCUGCUAUCGCACACACGUCAAACAAAGAACCAGAGCCACCAAGCUCUCAGCUUUCCAUUAUAUCUGCAAUUCAUGAUGUCGAUCAGUUAAACCAGAUGCUCCCUCCCAAGAGAGACCUUCCCUUCUCAAAGCCAACCACAAGGAAACCACAAUCUGCAAGCUUGACUCGAACAGCACAGAAGAAUCCCCAGCCAGCUCUGUUGCCAAGUUCUCAACACACUGAGCCAACCGAGGAUCCACAGGCUGAUCCACAACCCCUCGUAGUGGAGCCUAAUACUUAUUCUGCUUUGCCCGACUCCGAUUCACAGCUCUUAUCCCAAACAAAUGCUUACCCCGAGGCUAGUCAGCCAUUAUUACUUUAUGAAGAGCCUACUGUUUUACAAAAUACAUCUCUAGUCUGCGAGUCUGCCCAACAGACACCCCAAGUACCCCGCGUUCAGAAUACAUCGCACUCACAGGAUAAUCUAACUAACUCAAAUUCCAACGACAACCCGGCCAGCAAACCGAACAAUAAAGCUCCAGGCACGACAGAAGACCAUCUUGCGCAGUAUUUGUCCUUACCAACAGUUGAACGAAUCGCCUUUCUUGAGAACUGGAUGUGUGAAUUGAUCAACGAUGACAGUUUCAUGACUCUGUGCGAGGACGUGGAUGGAACAUGGAGGCGGUUUGCAUUCGGAAAAAGGCAGUGA